AUGAGGUACAACCGUGAUGAAUUACAAGAAAAGCAUGACGAAUGGAUUCAAAUGCUCACAGAUGAGCAGAAAGGGGUUUAUGAUAAGAUAACUGGCGAUGUUUUCAACAAUCUUGGUGGACCUAAUUCAGAUUUGGCAAAUUUAGUCAAAAAGGCAUCUCUUAUCAUCUGGGACGAAGCACCAAUGAUGAGCAAGUAUUGUUUUGAGUCUUUAGACAGAAGCUUUUCUGACAUUAUAGGAGACGUUGAGAACAAAGUAUUUGCUGGAAAGGUUGUGGUCUUUGGAGGUGAUUUCAGACAAGUACUUCCUGUGAUUAAUGGUGCAGGACGGGCCGAAAUAGUCUUAUCAGCUCUAAAUUCUUCUUAUCUAUGGGAUCACAGUGAAGUUCUAAAGCUGACGAAGAAUAUGCGUCUACUAAAGAAAAAUUUGAGUGUGGAAGAAGCUAAAGAGAUCCAAGAUUUUUCAGAUUGGCUUUUAGACGUGGGUGAUGGUGAAGAAAUGGUUUAUCUAAGUGCUGAUAGCAUUGACCCAACAAAUUUAGACUCUCUAAAAAAUCCAGUAAUUACAUCAGAUUUUUUAAACAGCAUAAAGCUGUCAGGUUUGCCACAUCACAGCCUGUGUUUGAAAGUUGGAGCUCCUGUGAUGCUGCUUAGGAACAUUGAUCCAAAGGGUGGGUUAUGCAAUGGUACUAGACUUCAGAUAACUCAAAUGGCGGCACAUGUUGUAGAAGCAAGAGUAAUAACAGGGGAUAGAAUUGGUGAUAUUGUCUUGAUUCCACAGAUUGUUCUCACACCAUCAGACACCAAACUCCCUUUCAAAAUGAGGCAACGACAGUUCCCAUUAUCAGUGGCUUUUCCUAUGACUAUUAACAAAAGCCAGGGACAAUCUCUAGAGCAUGUUGGAUUAUAUUUACCAAGACCAGUGUUUUCUCAUGGACAACUAUAUGUUGCGUUAUCUAGGGUAACUUCAAAAAAAGGGUUGAAAAUCUUAAUUGUCAAUAAAGAAGGGAAGAUCGAGAGGAAGUUUUUCAGAAUUUAUAGAUAG